UUCACACGCAGCUGACAACUGAUCUGACUGCAAUGACCUUUCCCUAACCAAAAUUUUAAAGGACGUCCAUACGAUUUAUCGCAUAUUCGAGAGAUCACUACCCCUGUUAAAAUUUUGGAAUGGAAGUUGGGCAAGGUUAAACUAAGGUCUGCAAUUACACCGUAAUCGAUCGCAUUCCACUUUUUUCGACAAUGAAGAAAUUAGUUUAUAACAUAAAUAAAGCUCUGGGACUAAUUUCUAAUGCUAAAAACAACUAUGCGACUGAAGCAGCGUUUGAAACGAAACCCUUCCGUUUACAUAACUUAGAACAAGGUCCAGGAACAAAUGUAACCCUAACUAGAGAUGAUGCCCUCAAAUUUUACAACCAGAUGCACACUAUUCGCCGGAUGGAGACAAGUGCUGGCAACUUGUACAAAGAAAAGAUUAUUCGAGGCUUUUGCCAUUUAUACUCGGGUCAAGAAGCUGUAGCUGUGGGUAUUAAAGCCGCGCUGCGCCCCCAUGAUGCAGUCAUUACAGCCUACAGAGCCCAUGGGUGGAGCCACAUCAUGGGUGUUCCUCCUCUGGGAGUUCUUGCUGAACUCACAGGUAGACAGUCUGGAUGUGCUAGGGGGAAAGGGGGCUCCAUGCACAUGUACACUAACAAUUUUUAUGGCGGAAAUGGGAUUGUGGGGGCUCAGGUUCCACUAGGUGUUGGUUUAGCCCUUGCUGCCAAAUAUAAGGGUACAGAUGGGGUUGCUGUAGCUUUAUAUGGAGAUGGGGCUGCCAACCAAGGGCAGGUGUUUGAAGUGUACAACAUGGCCAAAUUGUGGGACCUUCCUUGCAUAUUUGUAUGUGAAAACAAUGGUUACGGUAUGGGUACAAGUGCAGAAAGAGCUGCCGCAAAUACUGCCUAUUAUACAAGAGGAGAUGUAAUACCUGGUAUAUGGGUUGAUGGUAUGGAUGUCCUUGCUGUUAGGGAAGCCGCUAGGUUCGCAGUUGAACAUUGUGCCACUGGUAAAGGUCCUGUUGUUAUGGAAGCAGCCACUUAUAGAUACUCAGGUCACUCAAUGUCGGAUCCAGGCACAAGCUACAGGACACGUGAUGAGAUCCAAGAAGUGCGUCAAACUAGAGAUCCUAUUACUUCUUUCAAGGAGAAAAUUAUCACUGCAAAUCUUGUAACAGCUGAGGAAUUAAAGACUAUUGAUACAGAAAUUCGAAGCGUUGUUGAUGAAGCAACGAAAAAAGCAAAAGCAGACAAAGAAAUUGCUAUGGAAGAAUUAACUGCUGACAUUUCGUCGUUGCCUUUGGAACAGUAUAUUAGAAAUAUUAGCCCUUUUGAUCCACUGCCACAUAAAAGAAUUGGGGAGGCUGUCAAUUUUAAGUAAGAUAUUUUGAUUUUAUAAGUAUAUAACUCAAUUUUAUUUAUUGUAAAAGUAUUAGGAAAAUUUUUAAAUUGUAAAUAUUUAAUUAAUUUUACAAGUUGAUUUAUCAGGAUGUCAUUUAGGUACAAUGUAUUGUAAGCAUUAAACAAUCUACACAA